CGUCGCGCCACGCGCCUGAUUUCCCACCGGUGAACGUUCUCCCAACGGGCUGAUCGGAUCGGCGGCGAUCGAGGGUUGCAAAUGGAGGCGGCGCCGGAUCUGAGCGCCGUGGCGGCGGUGGCGUACCCGGCGCCGUCGGCGCUGGCGCUGCAGGUGGACCUCCUGCAGCUGCCGCCGGAGAUCCCCGCGCCGGGGGCCCCCGCGCUGCGGGGCGUCCUCGACCGCCUCUUCACCCACUGGCUCACCCUCCCCGACACCGUCGCGCUGGUCAACUGCAUGGCGCAGAAGGCCAAGGCCAACGGCGGGGGAGGAGCGGGCUUCGCCGGGUGCGCGAUGCUGCCGUCCAUGAUGAUGCAGGGGGGCAAUGUGCCGCCGCUCUCGCCGAGGUCGCCCCGCCUCGCGAGGAAGCCUAGCGGGCUGAGCGGUGGGCAGUCCAACCGCUCCGCGUCCCCGCUCCGGCCGGCCACCGCCCGCGCGGUCAAGGAGAUCAUACCGCAGUUCUAUUUCCGAGAUGGGCGCCCACCGCCAUAUGAGCAGAAGAAGCAAUGCAUAUUUGUAGUUGAUCAGCUCUUCGCUGGACACUCCAAUGGCCUUCGGAUUCAAGAAUUUCGGAUGGUUACCAGGGAGCUCUGCAAGCUACCGUCGUUCUUGACCACUGUUCUUUUCGGAAAGAUUGAUAAGGAGAACACUGAAUUUGUCACGAGGGAUGCCUUCAUGGAUUUCUGGGUGAAUAGCAACAUGAUGACUAUGGACAUUGCAACGCAAGUAUUUAUGAUUUUGAAGCAAGAUAAUCAUGAGUACCUCACAAAGGAAGAUUUCAAACCAGUUCUUCGAGAUCUUCUGGACAACCAUCCUGGCCUGGAGUUCUUAAAGAGCACGCCGGAAUUUCAAGAAAGAUAUGCUGAGACUGUCGUAUAUAGGAUAUUUUAUAGCUUGAAUCGAAUUGGAAGUGGCCUUCUCACUCUUAGGGAGCUGAAGCGUGGAAAUCUGAUUGAUUCGCUGCGGCAUGCUGAUGAUGAAGAGGAUAUCAAUAAAGUUCUAAGGUAUUUCUCAUAUGAGCAUUUCUAUGUGAUAUAUUGCAAGUUCUGGGAGCUCGACACAGAUCAUGAUUUCUUUAUUGACAAAGAAAAUCUUAUUAAGUUUGGAAACCAUGCGUUGACAUAUAGGAUUGUAGAUAGAAUUUUCUCAGAGGUGCCUAGGAAAUUUACCAGCAAGGUUCCAGGGAAAAUGGGUUAUGAAGAUUUUGUUCAUUUCAUUUUGUCUGAAGAGGACAAAUCAUCAGAACCAAGCCAAGAAUAUUGGUUUAAAUGUAUAGAUUUGGAUGGCAACGGCAUACUCACACACAAUGAACUACAAUACUUUUUUGAGGAGCAACUUCAUCGCAUGGAAUGCAUGGCCCAGGAACCUGUACUAUUUGAGGACAUCUUGUGUCAACUAGUUGAUAUGGUUGGACCUGAGGAUGACACCUUUUUUACAUUAAAAGACUUCCGGAGGUGCAAAUUGUCUGGACAUUUCUUCAAUGUUCUAUUCAACCUCAACAAAUUUAUGGCGUUCGAAGCUAGAGAUCCCUUCCUCAUCCGCCAAAUGCGUGAAGAGCCAACCUUGACUGACUGGGAUCGUUUUGCUCGGAGAGAGUAUAUAAGAUUGGCGAUGGAAGAAGAUGGUGAAGAUGCUUCAAAUGCAAGUGGAGAUGUUUGGGAUGAGUCCCUUGAAUCUCCUUUCUAAAUUGAAGGUGUUAAAGAAUGUGGCAACACACAUCAGAGCAUUGGCAUACAGCCCUAAUAAUACCGAAAUGAAUGUGUUAUGGUGAAGUAUUGAGCAACUAUUUGAUAUCUUAUCUCUACAAAAACUACAGCCGAGGAGGAGCAUCUAAAAAUUUGACAUAGUUUGUUGUGGAGUGCUAUCCAAGUCUAGAGACAGAUACUUCCAUCCAGUUUGUUGCAGAGUGCCAAUUUUGAUUAUUGACAGUGAGUUUCAACGGCAAUUGCUUUCAUGAUUCCAUGGAUUUGGCCCUGUAUUUGCUGCCAUAAUUUGCUGAACUUAUUCAUGGCAGUGAACGGUUGCAGGGCACCUUGUGAUUAUUCUGGAGCCCCCAUCCAUGAUUAGGUGACAAUCAAGAAAGUGCAUGGUUUCAGAUAGACGAUGCAAUCACCAUAUGUUCGAUUGUACAUUGGCUCUGGCUGGUACCACAACUUACUUUUCUCAUAGUUGGCUAGGCAUCUGUUAUAUAAUAUAUUUUUUCAAUAAGGUCAUCAUCGUCAAGAAGACAUUUACUUGUGCGUUCUGUAUCUAUGUUUAGUCUAUAGUUAUAUGAACAAUGAGUUGUAUUGCACAGUUUUGUAUUGAAGAAAGUAUUGCAUAUGAUUUUUGGUCAUUUUUCUAA